GGGGCCGGCCCGGUGGACUCGCCGCCGCCCGCCCCGCCGCUCGGCCAGAGCCCAUGGCACCGGCCGCGGGCCGCUGGGCGCCCGCCCUGUGGAGGGCCUGCAACGGGCUGAUGGCUGCCUUCUUCGCGCUGGCAGCCUUGGUGCAGGUAAAUGAUCCAGAUGCAGGACUCUGGAUGGUUGUGUAUACAAUUCCUGCAGUGCUAACCCUGCUUGUUGGACUUAACCCUCUUGUCACAGGUAACCUGAUUUGGAAGAGUGUCUCUGCAAUACACAUGUUCAUUUGUAUUGUGUGGGCUGUCGCCUUGGCGCACUACCUCCUGCUUCACACCCAAUGGAGCAUCUUACAUGAGGAAGAAGGCAGGGAACUGUUUGGUCUGGUGAUUAUCACAGCAUGGAUGAGCCUGUGCCACAGUUCGUCAAAGAAUCCAGUUGGUGGAAGAAUUCAGUUGGCUCUCGCCAUUGUGAUUGCUCUUUUUCCCUUUACCUCGUGGGUCUACAUAUACGUAAACAAGGAGAUGCGGUCCUCCUGGCCAACUCACUGCAAGACAGUAAUUUAAAUGAAGAAUCCUGUUCUUAAAAUGAGAAUUUUCAAUUUUUUAUAAACAUGGAUGAUUUUUUUCUUUUUAAACCUAGGAACUUUUUAAGGCUGCCUACAAUACAACGUAGGAUUAGACGGGACUGGUAAGAGACGGGGUCUCACAUUCUGUUGUGUCAUAGUAUAGAAAAGGCAGUAGAAAAAAAGUUAAGAAAUACAAAUUCUGACUCAGCUUCCUCACUAUCAAUGUGACUUGGGCAAAUAUAAAACACUUCCUGGAGGAUAUUUCUUUAUCUAUAAAGUACGAUUAUUACUAGCUCUCCUACUUCCUUUUACAGUUGCAAGAAUUAAACUAGGUAAUAUGAGAGCACUCUGAAAAUAUUAAGUGCUUACCAAGGGCUGCCCAUGACUAAAAUAGAGGGAAGCAGGGUUUGGUUAAUAUGUACGAUAGAAAAAGAGGUUCAAGAGAGGGCUACAGCCCUGAACUAAUCUCAUCAUCAUUUAACUGGUACAGUGCCAGGAACUAAAUGAGGUCUCCAAAUAAACCAAAUGAACAAGCAUGUCUUGGAAAGAAAGGCAAGUUAAGAUAAAAUAAAGGAAUUUGGAACAAAAAAGGAAAUAGAGAAUGUUAAUUACAUUGUAAAUAAAAAAUAAAAUGAAAAUCUACACACAUCUUUUUUUUUUUAAUGUCAAAAGUAACCUUGGGGAGACCAUUUUACAGUUGUACUCUCCGACACGGUCGCCGCUAGACAUGUCACACUGAGCACUUGAAAUGUGGCGAGACUAACGUACGAAGUUUUUUUUUUUCCUUAUUUUAAUUUAAAAAUAUAUCAAUUCAGUUCUUAGAAAAUGUAGUGUUUGGAACAACUUGGGUGUCUGAAUCUACUUCUUCAACUGCAAAUUUUAUAUCUAAUACAGAUCAAGUAUUUUCAACGAAAUUAGUGUCCAAAUGGAUGGGUUAUAAGUAUAAAAUACACAUUAGGUUUUAAAGAUAGUAUAAAAAAAUGUAAAAUAUUUUUAUAU